GCUCAAAGUCCUGCUUUUCCGACAACGCGAGAUGACAUGCUGGGUGAGGAAGUGAAGGAAAACGCGGUUCUCUCCUGCUAGAAGACGACACUCAAGGCCGACUUCCUCAUUGAGCCGUCAUCCUGGAUCUUUGCCCCGCAUUUUCCCUUGAAGAAUCCUCAAAAGUUGGGUUCUAGCCGUUACUCAACCACUCAAAUACGUCUGCUUAAUUACAAUCUGCCCUAGAUUAUAUGAACCCUGCGCCUCCGCGAGCACGCCAUCAUGGAUCCCUCCGAUUUGACCAAACCAUGCGCCGAAGAGCCUAAUGUUUCUUCUCCCACACAACGUCCUUCAUCCCUUCAUUCGUCUCAAAAAGAGCCACACCGCAUGUCUCCUCCCCCUGCAGAGCAAGGACCGGCCGCGACACCUAGUCAGGGCCAAUCCCAACCGUUCAAUGAAUGCACGCCCAUUGUGUCGAACACCGAUUCAUCUCGGCGAAAUUACCAAUCCACGGAAGGACUCAGGAACCGUGAAUCAGGGUCCGUGAACAGCCAUGCCGGGAUUUCGGAACGGCGAGUUGCUACAAACACCGAUCAGCAGCCCCCCCAGUCAGAUGCGGAGGAGCCGCACGCUUCCUGGUAUCGGCGUAUGGCCGAUAGAUACGGCAGUCUAGAGCUGGAGAACAAGGGGAGUGUUGCCCGAGAUCAUCUUGCUUUGGAGCGUACUUUUCUCGCCUGGCUAAGAACUUCGCUGGCGUUCGCAUCCAUUGGAAUCGCCGUAACGCAGCUGUUUCGUUUGAACAAUACUGGAAAUAGGACUGGGGUGGAUCCUUCGUCGCAAACUUCUAAUAUAGAUCCUGCCAGCCCCGCGAUAUCAUCUGCCUCUCAGCGGCUUCGCAGCAUAGGGAAGCCGCUAGGGACCACAUUCAUCGGCGUCGCAAUCCUCAUCCUCCUAGUCGGCUUCCACCGCUACUUCGAAAGUCAAUACUGGAUCAUCAGGGGCAAGUUCCCGGCCAGUCGUGGUAGCGUUGGCUUGAUCGCAAUAGUCGCUGCUUCCUUAAUAGUAGCCACCCUAGUAGUCAUUCUGGCAAUCUCACCGGGCGCCGUUGAAGCCUAGCAAGGACAUAAGUUUCGAAUUUGGCAUUUGGGCUUUGUUGGACGUCUUUUUUUUCAGUCGCCUUUACCUUCUUACUAAGGGAUACGAAACCGCAAGUUGGGCGCAUGAUAUUUUUUAUGGCAGUUUUCUUCCUUCCAUAGGGAAAAAGGCUUGGAUUAUAGCAUGCAUGCCGCCCAACAUUGGAGUGGCUAACCUUGUGCUUACUGCUCUUAUCCUUGCUCAGGGCAAUCACUUGCGUCUAAUCUCAUUAUCCAUGCGCAAGCAAGCAACCCGCUCAUUCAUGAUGUGCAUAUGAUUCGCAGGAGUGCGACGACGGUCUGAACCUUGAUGAGAUACCUGACGGGAGCAAAGUCAAUAAUGUACAUGUUUUUUCAAUUGAACAUUACCAAUAUUUGCGCGGCCCGGUUUGGGGCUCUUCUGAAACUCGCGCAUAUCGUAUGUGACACUACCGCU